AUGGGUAGUACGGCAACUCAAAAGUUGCUCCUCGCACUCUCCAUCGUCUUAAUCCUCGUCGGAAUAUGUCUCACGUCGGCCGGUUGCUUCUCACCUGCGUGGCAAGUCGUGGAUAUCCGUGAAUUCCGGGCGGAGCACCAGCACGGACUCUGGUGGGAUUGUAUUCGUGCCGAGAAGCAUGUUGUGUCGGUUGGCGACUUUUAUGAUGAGACACCGCUUCAUUGCAUGUACAAGUUCGACAACUCCGCUGAGCUUGUCAUCCAAAACACACUCAACAAUAUUGAUGAAGACGGAGCCGCUGGGGAAUCCGAGCAUCACAGAUUCUGGGCGUGGCAUAAGGCCAUCCUUUUCUUCAUCAUCACUUCAGAAUUCCUUGCUUUCAUCUCCAUAUGCUCAGGAGUUUGUGCUCCAUGUGUUCCAUCAACAGCAUUCGCUUUCUCGAUCUCCUUGUUCAUUGCUAUGCUCUGCUCUCUCCUGGCCGACGGUGUCUUCUUCCUUGCCGCCAAUCGUGUCGAUAAUCGAUUCGUCCAAGGAAUGGUCGGUACUUAUGAACAGCGUAUCGGAUACGCCUUCUACCUCCACCUCAUGGGAACCCUCUGCUGGAUCGGAGCCUUCGUCUGCACCCUCUUGACCACCUACAAAUUUAUCGCCGGCGAUCAGGAUGAUGGAAGAGCGUACGAAGAAAACCGACGUCAACACCAGCAACAGUAUCAUCAGAACAGCCGAUCGACGUGGAUCAACUAA